UAUAGCUGAAGUAGCAGAAAUUCUGCACACACCAGGACAGAACAGUGCCUUCUCUUCAGGGAAAGGAACUAUUUAAGGAGGCAUCUAAUAUGUUUCCUUCCUUACUGCCUCUUUCAUUUGAAAUAUAGCAGCAGAUUCUUUUGUUUUCUUUUCUGCAGCUGGAGUUUAAAUGACACCAAACAGAAUCUACUAUUAGAUUAGAUUACCAGCACUCCGGGGAACAAUGCAAAAAACAGCCCUAGUCUAUUAUCUUCUGCUUGUUUAUCUGUGCAUUGCUCUUGCCCAGAAUAAACGCAAUGGGAUGCCCGGAAGAGCAAGACGAAGAAUAAUCUAUAGAAGAUUACGAAAGGACCCUUUAGGAAAUCACAGAUUAAACAAGCAGUCACAAAUUAGACCUCCAAUCUCUAGUACUCCACUAAUGAGCAUUCCACUUACAAAUAUGGAUGGAGAUAUUACUGGAGUAUUUAACUCUCUUACCCAUUUGGAUGGUCAAGAAUCUAAUUACAAUAUUUUGCCAGGAAAAGAAGGACGGUGCUUUGCAAAUGGAAUGAUUAUGUUUGAUAAAGCUGUGUGGUCUCCUAAACCCUGCGUUACAUGCCUCUGCUCAAAAGGAAAGGUGUUCUGUGAUGAAACUUCAUGCAAUCCUGUGACAUGUCACAAACCUAUGAUACCCGAAGGGGAAUGUUGCCCUGCGUGUAUGGAGAGUGUACCAAGUACAAUUUCUCAAGGUGACAUAGCUGAAGUUUCUGGUGAUUCUCCUGGGCCAAAUGAUCCCAGUGAACCAGUCUUGCAUGAUAUACAGACUCAGGAUCCAAUGCAAAAGACAGGGGAAAUACUUGAAAAACAUGUUCAUAUAAAAAAUAAAGCAAAAAGGAAAAAGAAGAGAAUAAAAAGCCACAAACCAAGGAGAAGACAUGAGCAUAUCAAUGAUCAAAUGGAACAAGAGGAAACCAGAUCAGAGGAAGAAAAAAGAAGAGCUUAUGAAGAAGAAGAGCUAAGAAUUGAAAAAGAAAUGAAAAAAAGAGAGCAAGAACAAGAGCCAGAGCCAGAGCCAGAGCCAGAGCCAGAGCCAGAGCCAGAGCCAGAGCCAGAGCCAGAACAACAACAAGAAGAAAAUGAACAAGAGAAGGAAGAAAGUGAAGAGGAGGAAGAUGUAUUGCGUGGAGAUGUAUUCAGAGUGCCCCCGCAUUUCCCAAUUCCUGAGCCUUCUCCUGAAAUUCCUCCUUUACCAACCGGAUGCUCUAUUUUGGAAAAUACAGUAAGCUGCAUUAACACCAAACUCAAACAUAUACCGAUAAUCAUGGAUGAAGAGCUUACAAGCAUAGAGCUUGAAGGGAAUGACAUCACUGAAAUUCCAGAUGCAGCUUUCAACGGGAUGCCUAAUUUGGAGAUAAUUGAUCUUCGAAAAAACAAAAUCACAUCAUCUGGCAUUGGUCCACAGGCAUUUAAAAACUUGAAGAAUCUGCAACGUUUAUAUAUGGAUGGAAAUGCACUCGUUCAUAUUCCAAAUGCUUUACCAUCAACUUUGGAAGAACUUAAAAUAAAUGAAAACGAAAUACAUGCAAUUAAUGAAGAUAGCUUUCAAGGUUUAAAGAAGUUGCUGACUCUGGAAUUAGAGAGCAACAAACUUAGUGAAGCAAAUGUCAGCCCUUUAGCUUUUCAGCCUUUGAAGAGCUUGUCAUAUUUGCGCCUUGGGCGAAAUCAGUUUAGGACUAUUCCACAAGGUCUUCCCCAUUCUAUUGAGGAACUAUACCUUGACAAUAACCAGAUUGAAGAAAUUACAGAAAUAUGCUUUAAUCAUACCAAAAGCAUGAACACAAUUGUUCUAAGGUACAAUAAAUUAGAAGAAAGCAGAAUAGCCCCAUUGGCAUGGAUCAAUCAUGAGAACUUGGAAUCUAUUGAUCUUUCUUACAAUAAGUUGUAUCAGGUUCCCUCCUACUUGCCAAAGUCAUUAGUACAUCUUGUACUUAUAGGGAACCAGAUUGACAGAAUUCCAGGAUUUGUAUUUGGACAUAUGAGACCAGGGCUGGAAUAUCUCUAUCUUUCAUUUAAUAAACUUGAUGAUAAUGGGAUAGACCCUGUGUCAUUCUAUGGAGCAUACCACUCUCUCAGAGAAAUGUUUUUAGAUCAUAAUCAGUUGAAGUCUGUGCCACGUGGAAUUGCAGAAAUGAAAACAUUAAAUUUUCUAAGGCUCAACAACAACAAGAUCAGAACUGUCCCUCCAGAGCGAAUCUGUAGAUCCAGGUUAAAUAAUGAGGAGGAAAAUGAUGACAGUGACGAGGAAGAAGACUAUGAAGAUUCACAGUUAGAACAUCUUCAUCUUGAGCACAACUAUAUUAAUACAAGGAACCUUUCACCCUAUGCUUUUUCAUGUGUAAGAUCAUAUUCUAGUGUGAUUCUGAAACCUCAGAAGAUUAAAUAAAAUGUUUUGUAAUACAAAUGUAUUUUAUAUGUAAAUAAUACAGUUCGAAUAUUUCUUCUUCACCAGCAAUUAAUAUGUCAUAAAAAGUAUCUGAAUACUACUAUUUCUUAAUAAUAAUAAUAAUAAUAAUAAUAAUAAUAAUAAUAAUAAUAAUAAUAUUUAUGGCUAAUGAAGAAUGAGAGGUAAGAGUAUGAAUGUCUCCAAGAAACUGGUAGCAUACUACAGGUAAGAUGCUAUAUCCUAAUAUGCAUAUAAAUAUAAAUGUUUUAACAAAGCACAAUAAAGCUGGAAUUUAUUGAAU